AUGGCGACGCGACAGGGAUCGUUUCGGGCGCGCCCGAUCGAUGUCACGUCGCAACUCGCGCUUUUGCGCGAUCCCGAGGCGAUUAAGGAUGAGCAAGUGGUGCAGCGAGAGGUGACGCACGCGCACAAGGCGCUGGAUAAGGAGAACGAGGAGGUUCUGACGAAGGAAACCACGGCGGGGGUGAGCGAGAUUCCCAUUCCCGAGAUCUUACCCGUGGCAUCGUACGAGACGGAUUAUCCGACGAAUUAUAAGCAGCCGGAACAUUACCUGCGGUCGAAGCUGACGUGCGGCUUGACGCCGGCGGAGACGGUGGGAUACGUCGAAUACGACCUGGAUAACGAAGACGAGGAUUGGUUGGAAAAUUAUAACGAUGGCGCCGACGUUUUAAGCGCGGAGAAAUUCGAGGAGAUGCUGUGGAAGCUCGAGUUGGCGUGCUCAGAGGCGAACGAGCGUAUCAUGAAGGCAAACACAGCGAUGGCGGCGGCGCGCGGACAGGUGAUCAGUUAUCAAGAGAAGGUCGACGCGCUGGGGGUGGUGGCAAACUUACCGAGGGAAAAGGCUCUGGAGCUGCUGCAAGAGAUCAGUGGGAAGCAGGCGAUUCUCACGGCAGUGUAUGAGUACUGGGUGGACAAGCGCAAGAGGUUGAAGAGGCCGAUUUUACGUCGUUUGCAGCCGCCGCCGGCGCCCAACGACCCGAAUCCUUUCAAUGUGUUCAGGCCUCGGGAGAAAAUUUCUAGACCACAAACACGGCGACGCCGUGAGAACGACGUGUCGAGUUACGACAGGCUUCGCUCAGUGCGCAAAUCCUUUGAUAUCUCGAUCGGUAUUCUCGAGCUUAUGUUGAAGCGAGAGAAGCGUAAGAAUGAGAUGCUCACCGUCGAGCACGAACUCCAAAAUCUUCAGAUCAAGCUUCGACAUGAACCUAAAGCGUCGCACGAGGCGAUUGAACAAAAGGCGAUGGACGCGGACAAGAAGCGCGCCAAGUUGGAGAUCCCGGAGAAUCCGCCCAACAAGAACAUCGUUCUUGCCGGCGGCUCUGUGGAGCUCGUCAAGAAGCCCGACGGUCAGUACGUCGUUCUGGGAGACGACAUGGGCGAUAUUGCCGGACGCAAGCGUCGUCGCGAGCUCGGUCUCGCGGCGAUCGGCGGGUACCCUCCUCGUCCAAGAGUACAAAUCCAAGUGUUGCCGUACAAGCCUCCGCCGGAGAUCCCGGACAUCGAAAUGCUGUUCACGAAGACCCCGUCCAUGGUCGCUGUACGUCCAUUUUUGCUUCCGCUCGGCGUCGAUCUCAAGCAGUGCCGUCCACGCUACGGUCGGGGUGGUCGAAUCGUGUUCGAUCGCAAGGAUCCCAUCACACGCGAGGCGUUUUCGGUGGACUCGGAUGAAGACAUGGACUCCGACGAUGACGGCAAUCCUUUCAUGAUUCGUUCCGCUUUCGCGGUUGCGCAUUAA